AUGUUCGCAGUUGUCACUGCUAGGAAUAAUAAUAAAAUCGCUAAACUCAACAUAGAGGACAUUUUAGUCAUUCAACAACUUUAUGGAAUUAAAAAUCCAAAACCAACAACACAACCACACAACCACCAACUACUGAAAUUACAACAAAUACACCCACAUAUAAAUGAUGCAAAAUACGAUGGACCACACGUACUAAACAGUUACAUGGAUUUCCUUCCGGAUAAUUUCUCCUUAUCAGCAGCAUAUCAAAGGCCUUCAGGUGAACUAGUACUGUUUAUACACGAUGUAAUUUACAUGGUUGAGUAUCCCAGUUUCAAAUUGAAAGAAAGCUGUCCAAAACGUCUCUCAAGUCUAGGAUUUCCCCCGAACAUUUUCAUCAAUACCGUAGUAAAUACUAACAGAGGACAAACCUAUGUGAUCUUCAAUAAUAACGAUGUGGCGCAAAUAGAUGAAUGCAAUAUGAGUGUUCGUUCAUAUCACUCGUUACAAGCGGUAUUCCCGGGAAUACCGUCAGCUCCCACCUUAGCCUUCCGAUAUAUGGACG